AAGCCAAUGCAGUCGAUUAGUGAAACACAAUUCGAGUAUAACUCUGCAACCCAGCGCAACUCAGUAAUACUUUCUCUUAAAAAAUCAAAAAUGUCGAAGUUUUUCCUACUCUUCCUACUGCUAACAGUUAUUAGCUGCGGCUUAGUGCUUGCACGCCCGCAGGCUCCAAGCUCAGCCACUUCAUCACCCUCAACCGGGUCCACCCCGAAUGGCGGAGCUAACACCCAAACCAUACGUGGAGCUCCGUGCCGUGGUCCACCAGCUGUUGGUCAGUAUAAAUUCAAUGGAUUCUUGGCUGCGAACAAGAAAAAAUAAUCUAUAGGCAGUUUGAGAAGGAGCUGCAGGAAACAUUGCUUAAAAUCUGAAACAAUCUGAACAAUAGAGAAAUAAACUUCAUUUUGAUCAAUAAAAUUUGCUUGUCA